AUGAAAGUUUUGAGAAUUACAAUAUUAAGUAAAAAUAAUUAUUUAUAAAAUAUUUAUGAAUUUUAAGACUAAAUUAUUAAUAUUUUACAUUNAAUCAAACAGAUGUGUAUUUGGCUACAAGUAAUUUAUUUUAAGAAACUUAAAUUAUUUAAAUAUCAUUAAUAUUUAAUUAAUUUUAAUAAAAUAAUGAAUAAAAUUUAUCAUACUAUUUAUCUAUUAAUAAGUAGAUUGUUGAAGAGGAUUUUUAGUUCUAAUUAAAAUUUUAUGAAUAGAUUAACCCAUUUCCAACAUCUAAGGUAUAAUUUUUAUAAAAUGAUGAAAUUUAUUGUGAAGAUUAACAACAAGAGAAUAUUGAUGAAUGCUUUAAUAAAAAUGAACUUGAUUUUUUAUGGCAAAUUAAUUUAUUUUAUACUAAUCAAAUUUAAAAAGUUAUUUAACUAAAAAAUUCAUAAAUAAUAAUUAUUAAAUGUAAUUCAAAUGAAAUUUUUAAUUUAGGAAAUUUUGAAAAAAUCUAAUAUGAAAAUGUUUAUUCAUUUCAAAAUGAUUUAUUUCUAUUAUCAAAUAAAAAGAUGAAAGUUUUGAGAAUUACAAUAUUAAGUAAAAAUAAUUAUUUAUAAAAUAUUUAUGAAUUUUAAGACUAAAUUAUUAAUAUUUUACAUUAAAAUCCAGGAUACUUAUUUAUUUUAAAAUCUUGUGUUAGCUAUACAUUAUUAGAUAAUAAAUAUAUUUUAGAAUAAUAAUAAAAUUAUAAAGUAGAUUCCAAUGGUUAAUGUAUAUAAUAAAAGUUAUUAUAUAAAAACUUUUUGGAGAUUGAUCGAUCAAAUCAUGUUUUCAUUUUCAAAAAUGAAUUUAUUACAAAUAUUAUUCAUUUUAAAGAUGAGAUAAUACAUAAUAUACAUUAAUAUAAUUAAGAUGUAAAUUAAUUUUUGAUCUUAUCAACUAUUAAUAAUAGAAUUGUUGCUAUUAAAUAUUAUUAUUAUUAUUACAAAUUAAUAGAAGUGUAAUAAAUAUUAGAUUAUUCUUUUAAUUAUGUUUACCCAUUAAUUCAUAGUGUAAAUGGUUUUUAUCUUGUGAUUGCUGCUUAUGAUUAUCUAAAUACUUCAGUACUUUUAAUUUAUAACCUUGUCAAUUAUGAUUAGAAUCCAUUAAUUGAUAUUAUCAAAGUUGAUAACUUUACUUUCACUCUGACAACAUAUAAUGAAAUUUUUUUCUUUCAAUAGAAAGUUUUUAAAAAAUAAAAAAUUUAAGAAACUUUAGUAAAAUGUAGAAUAAAUUAUUUUUCUGAACCAUAAAAAAGUUUAAAAAUAGGUAUUCUUUUUAUUAAUUAAUUUAAUGAAACUCUUUCUCAAGUUGAUUAUAUUUAGUUUAAUUUAAUUAAUAAUUUUCAGAAACUAAAAUCUCUUGCUACUUAAGUGGUCGAAUUUACAUAUCAUCCUUAUUCAAAAUAUAUUCUAUUUGAUCCCAGAAAAUUUGUUUCAGGUCCUAUUGAAACUAUAUCCACAAAUACUUAUGACUUAGUAUUGCCAUUAAUUCAAAUUGAUCAAAUUAAUAGGCGAUAUUGCUAAGAGAUUUAAAAUUCCACUUGCAUUAUAGAAAAAAAUUAAUCAUUAAUUAUUUCUAACAUAUAUGAUGUUUCAAAGCAUUUUAUAUAAUUAGAUUUAAAACAAAAAUCAAAUAUUAUGAUAUUGAACUCUGAACUUUAUUUUUUUAUAUGUUAUAUGUAAGAAAGUGAUCUAUUUAUUUUAUUAUAUUUAAAGACAACCUUAGAAAAUGUUGCUAAUUUAACUAUUAUACAAUAAUUUAAUAACCCUAUAUUAAAUAUUUAAACAAUUAACUAAUAUUGCCUAAUUAUUUGUAGAGAUAUAAUUUAUAUUUAUGAAAUUGUAAAUAGUAAACUUAAUUUAAUAAGUACUUUUUAUUGUGUUUAAUGCUCUGUGAAAUAAAUACAUAAUUCAAAUUUUAUUGCUAUAUAUUAAAAGAUUACUUCAACUUAAAUUAUUGAAUUUAUUAUUCUUGAUUUUUUAAAUUAAGAACAUUUUAAAAAAUAUCUGCCUUUAAAUGAUUUAAUUUAUAUUGAUAAAGUUAUCGAAGUUUAAUUUGAAAUUUUAUCGAUUAAAUUAAUAGAAGGUAAUUAAUAUUAUGCUAAACUAUUUAUAUUGUUAUCUUAAUCCUUUAGCUAUGUAUUUGAUUUAAAUUUUAAUGGAGAAAACAUUACUAAUGAAAGAAAAGUAAUAAAAGCUUUAUCAAUUACCCAUUAUUAAGAAAUUUUAUUUAUGUUAAACUAUUAAAUAAUGAUUUUUGCAUAUUUUGAUACUUAAAAUUUAUUGUUUGCAAUAUCUAUGUAUAAUCUCACUGAACUCAAUCUUACAGAUAAGAUAUAUACCUUAUAUAUGAGCUUCUCUUCUAUUUAAAAAUAUAAUGAAUCUCAUUUUAUAGUAAUACCUAAUGAUGAUGAUUCAGAUCAUAUGGUUUAUUAAGUUGUCUCAUAUCAAAUUAAAAUUGAUAAUGAAUAAAUCAAAUCCUUUAAUUUGACUUGUAAGAAUUCACUAUCUGAGGUUGAAUUUUAAAUUCAUUUAUUGAAUGAAAGCUAAGAAAAGAGUUUUAAAAUCUAAUUAUAUAUUAUUAUAGUUUGGGAAAUUAUUUUAUUUAUCUUUCUACUCUAGAGAAGAAGAAGAAGUAGAUCUAAAUAAUUUUAUUGA